UAAAAAUGUACAAAUUCUAAAACAAUGGAAACUGGUGAAUCUAUGGGCGCAACUGGGUAUACACAGAAUUCAAUAAAAAUCGGCGUAUAUGAUUGAAUACUAAAUCCAGAUCAUUGAAUAUUACGUAAACAUACGUAAAAUAACAGCAGCAAUAACGCAGAUAUUUUACAUGAUGCAAACAAGAAAAUGGUGCGAUAUUGAUUCUCGAAUCUCGUUGCAAUCUCAUUAAAUACAAUUCAUUCAUACAAGCAGUCGGCGAAGCAGAUCACCGUGUAGUAUCUACUGUAUAUUACUUCAAUGGACAGUAAUACCACGUUUUCUUCUUCCUCAUAGAUAUUUGAUUAUAUAAUAUAUAAAGAAUCACGAAAAUAUUAUAGAACGCUUUGGAUAGAUCUCCGAAAAAUCAUCAUGGAUAAUGAUACUCUACAGAGUGUAGAAAUGCAAUAUGAAGUGUAUCAGGUUCCUUUCUGUAGACCGUUCAAGUGUCAAUUAACUCCGGGAAGAUUUACCAACGGAACUAGAGUUUCGAACACACUCUGGGACUGUGUCCCUGGCGACUGCAAAGUUUAUGUGACAAUUUUUCUUGGUCUAAUCGUUAUGUUGGGUGCUAUAACUGUUACGUUCAACUGUCUGAUAUUGGGCAUAAACUUGGCUUCAAAGACACGUAGAAUGCGUAAACGUAAUCCAAUUAUGAAAAACUAUUCCGUCUACGUGGUAUCCCUAGCGGUUGCCGAUUUAUUAGUAGGUGUUGCGGUACUGCCGCUUUGCAUUAUGAAUCUGUAUUUGGAAUUCAAUUCGAAUUUCGAGCGAAACUCAAAACGUAAUCAAUGGGAAGAUUGGCGAAACACAAACAUAAUUGAAGAAGAGGAUUUGGGUUUACAGCAUCCACAAGCAAGAAUAAAUAUAGUUUCCUCUGGAGUUCAAGAUCUUACAACAAUUGCAAUGCACAAUCAUACAGCUGUACAGGAAGAAACAAUUGAUUUUACUGAGGGCACGGCAGUUCGGGUUGCGCUGGGAACGUUUACGCAUCUGACCUUAUUUGUGUCAAUCUACACACUGAUAACGGCAAGUGCGGAUCGUCUUUACGCAGCCUCAUUCAGUACAUUUAACAUCUUCCCAAUUUUUAAGAAGGACUUCACAACAAAAGAGAACAAACUGGCUUAAACAGAUGACGUAUUCACUGAAGCGAUCAACAGUAGCUGUUUUUAUCGUAUGGAUCUGCGGCAUCAUUUUCGCAUUGCUCCCAGUAGCAAUGAGAAAGACAUUUUAUUUUCGCCAUGUUGGUCACAUUUUUGCAGCUAUGACAUCGACCGAUAACUACGUUACUGGAGUUCGAUGGUAUUUAUUUACACUUGUAAUUCCUCUCGUUGGCAUGUGGAUUUUAAACUUGAUGAUAUGCUGUACACUGUGGAAACGAAAGAGGCAACUAGGGUUGAAACGGCAAAAGUCACUUCAUUACAAAUCUCAUCUAACAUCGCCUACUGAGAAAUUCGACUCAGGUAUGCCAUCAAACUUCUGACAGUGUAUUUGAGAAAGAAACUAAAUCGCCUGUCGUGAAAAAAUAUCCAGCUUCUAGAUGGAAUAAAGGGUCGUUUGGAGGCGAGGACUCGACAUAUAAUUUGAAGGCUCAUUCGUUGUAUCGCAAAAAAGCAUCCAACCAGAGCGGUGGUCGUAUAACUUCUAGUAGUUUUCGAUCUUUUGAAUCAAAGUCUUCUGGGCUGCGUAGAAAAGUUUCUUCUUUACGAAGAGCAAAAGAGUUACUCAAGAGACAGUCAUACGAAGCAAACAUCACAAAAACUUUAUGUAUUGUAGUUGUUGCUUUUACCCUUGCAGUGUUACCACUUAUUAUAACCCUAUGUACUAUUACGUUAGACGAUAACGGCACAAAAGAAAGAUUGAAUAAAGAAGUGACCGCGCUAUCGUGUUCCCUGUUCCUUCUGUUUUCCAACAGUUUUGUGAACUGUGUAAUAUAUGGAGCAAGGAUGCGUGAUUUUCGAAAAUCACUAUGUCAAAUAUUGCACAAUUUUAUGGAUAAAAUUAAAAACAUGCUUUGCUGUUGUUACCAGCGAGCUAACGAUAAUAUCUCUUCUGAGAUUGUGAAUGGCGUAUUUCUGGUCACAAAACAACAAAGAGAUCAGAAAUCUCCAUACAUGAAGAAACUAUCCAAACACAACACUACCUUUUUCCCUUCAAGCCGAUCCGCGUCAAAGUUAUCAAACAUUUCUACAUUAGAAAAUCGUUCAAAUGUUGUCAAAUCUGAGAGUAACUUACCGCCUCCAAUAACAAAAUUAUUGAUCGAAAAUGCACCGAGUGACCAAGGCAACUGCAAUGGACACAACCAGAAACCGAGAACCUUAUCAAGUAGAUAUCGCUCAAAUCCGGAAUUGACCUUAAGUUACGAAGAACUUGAUAAGCAAAGGAAUUCGUUCGCAGAAAAUGAAGAAUGUGGAGGGUCUGAUCUCGUCGUUCCGGCAAUCUGGAGAACAUCGAGUUUCAUUGAAAGCGAAAAACAUCAAAGAGCAACACUAACGAAUAUUGGAGUUGAAGCGGUAAAAACAUGUCAAGGAGAUGACAAUAUUGCCAUCAAAAGUCGAAGCAAAUGUGCUGCCCUGAAGAAUGGUAACGCCGAGAAACCAGAAGACAGUCCCACUAUCAGAACAUGUAAAACGCCUAGAGAUCAUGACUUAGAUAAGAGCAAAAUCAAAGAUGUUUGGAGAGACGAUCGCAACGAAUCAGUUGACGGGAAUUCAAUUAACACUGGCGGAUCAAAUCAUCAGUAUACAAGUGAUUUCACGCUUGGAAUUGAUUUUUCUGACUUUUCAUAACUUCAGGGGGAAAAAAACAGAGAUUUAAUAAGGAUGUGCGUACAAUGCCCGUAUUAUCGGUAAAUUCAGUUUUGAUUUUUGGCCACUAGGCCAAAGGAAGGCCUUUACGUUUGACGUUCCGGUUCCGGCAUAUUUAUACUGAGUUUGAAUGACGCGCUUGUUUUUAAAUCUUUUAUCAUAGAUUUUGAAUUCAUUUAUCUAGUGCAAUAAAUAUUCUUGCCUGUUUACAUAUUUAUAUUUACAUUCUAUUUUGAAGAUCUAGCAACCACAGAUUGUGUAUCCUAUCCAUAGUAGUAAAGUGGAGCAACCUGCCCCACGAUGUCGUAUUUAGUUCUACCUUGAACUGUUAUACAUCCAUCGAUUGAUCGAUGAAAAUUUGUUUAUGCAUUGAAACUUAAGUUGAAAAUCAUGUUUUGUUCAGGUUUUAUUUGUUUAUUUUUUCAUCUAAACUAAUUUGUAGUCUGUUUUUCUUUUGUCUGGUUAAUUGUGUUAUGUCACGUGAGCACUAAUACUGUGUUUUAUAGGUCAUGCUUGUUUUUUUUGUACUUGUUUCACAAUUUAAUAAUGCAGUAAUUCAUUAUUCCAAUCACAUAUCAUGUUCAAACUAA